CGGACGAGUUGCGGACCAAUGCAUUAUAUUUGCUCCGACUUCGAUCCGGCCUAUAGAUAUGUCCAUUAAUGAUCUACUACUCCCAGCGCGGCGAACUCAAUCGACCACUCGCCAUCAUCUCAGUCUCCCCGGUUAACCGCGUCCCUUGAACGAAACAUAGCCAUGCAGAACCAGGCUUCUGUCCGCAUCGCAGGCGAGCCCAACGACGGGAACAUCGACCAAUACGAACUCAUUUCCGCUCGCCGUGCUCUGGCUCUUCUCAAGGGAAAGUUGGGUCAAGAGCGGCUCCGUGAACUCAUCAAGGAGCAAGUUGCUGAGGGCAACCAGCUCUUCCGCGACCACGUCAAGCGCUCCGCCGGCCGGACAGAGACCGGCAAAAUCACAAUCGAAGCUACCAAUCUCUCAGUCGCCGACUUCUCUGGAUGGCUGAGCCGCGCGUUCACAAGACAGGAUGUCCUCAUCGCCGCGCAACCCGAACACUACGUGAUGGACAUGGUUGAUCCCAAUGGACCACAUGUCGUGGAGACGCUCGGCGAUGUUAUAGUCGGCUUCUACAUGGGCGGUUGGGACCAAAGCCAAGUCACUGGUGAGAACGACGGUGUCGAUCGACGUCGGUCGACUCUGAGACUUGAUGACGACGGGACCGUACUCGGCUCCGUGUCUACUGCUUUUCUCGAUGCUCCGCAUGGCAUGUCGGCCGAACUUUCGAUUACCUUGCCGGCUACGAGCGCCCCUGAUGCCAUUGAGCAGCAUUUGGAGCACUUUUCGGUGGAGUUUAGGAGCUGGAUGCUCGCGGCUGCGGCAGAGAAGCAAGGCGGCGGUGGCUGAAUUGCUGUUUGAGCAGCGUAUAGCAUGGCCUGGAGAGACUUAUCACGUAUACGGAAUCUCUUAAUCGACCGAUUCGAAGAGGCAGUCAAGAGCAAGUCUCAAAGGCCUUACUUUUCCAUGUUCUGACACGGAUUACGUAAACCAACCAGGCUGCCACUCCGACCCCUCCCAAGG